AUGGAAGAUAAGCUAGAAAAGUGUGUUUUAGAAGCUGCCAGUCGUUUUGGGUUUUCUUUGAAAGAAAAACAGCUUGAAGCUAUUAUGACUUUCAUGUCUGGCAAUGAUGUGUUUGUGUCACUUCCUACAGGAUAUGGAAAGUCUUUGAUAUAUGCACUUUUACCUGUAGCAUUUGAUUUAUUCAAAGAACAAUAUGGCAGCAUUGUUAUCUGUGUCAGUCCUUUGGUAUCCCUCAUGAUGGACCAGAAAGCAAAGUUUUUACCGAUGGGCAUUGUUGCUGAGUUUGUAGGUGAAGGUCAACUUGAUUCGACUGCAAUAGAGAAGGUGCUUCAUGGAGAUAUCCAACUGCUAUACAUCAGUCCGGAAAGUUUGAUUUGCAAUCCCAUGUAUAGGAACAUGCUGUUAUCUCCUAUAUACAAAAAUAAAUUGGUUGCAUUAGUUAUAGAUGAAGCUCACUGCAUCAAAUCAUGGGGUGAUAGCUUUCGUGUUGCAUAUGCCCAUCUUGGAGACACGCGAAGUUUAAUACCAUCACAUGUUAAUAUAUUAGCAUUGACAGCAACAGCAACUAAACAUACUUUUCGUAUUGUCUGCCAGAGUUUAUCUCUGAGGGAACCAGUUUUAAUAGGGUGUUUACCUGAUCGAAGUAACAUAUAUUAUGAAGUGCAACCUCUGCCUGAAAUAGAAGAGUUCUGUGAGGAGAUAGCCAAGGAACUGAAGGAAAUGGGUAUGGAAUAUCCUAAGACUAUAAUCUUUCAACAGAACUAUAGCGAUUGUCAAGUUAUGUACCGUAUACUGUCACGAAAGUUAGGACCUUAUAUUACAUUCCCACCACACCACCCAAAGCAUCUGGAAUUUGCUAUGGUAAUGAAGUAUACACGGGCAUCUACUGUAGAAGUAAAGGAGAGCGUUUUAAGGUCUUUUAGUGAUCCGAAAGGAAUAUUGCGUAUUGUACUGGCGACUACUGCCUUCGGUAUGGGGGUUGAUGUUGCUGAUGUCCGAGUUAUUUAUCACUGGCGUCCUCCUUCCAGUCUAGAACAGUAUGUUCAGGAAUCAGGCAGAGCAGGACGUGACAAUAAGCCAUCUAAAGCUAUUCUACUAUAUGGAAAGCCUAGCAAAUUUGUAGAACAAGGAGUCAAAGAUUAUGGAAACAACAAAACCAAAUGCCGCAGGCAAUUGUUACUCAACGAUUUUUUAUUUGUUAUGAAUCAUGAUUCAACUGAUAAUGAUAAUAAUAAUUGUUGUGAUGUAUGUAUAAAGCUGUAAAUUAUUGAAUUUUAAAUGAAGUUUGGAAUGAUGCGUUCAAUAAUCCAAUCCU